GGCUUCCCAGCCAAUAAAGCUGUUGCCCACCUCGGCUGCGAGGCUUCGCUUUUUAACUCCCGGGUGACACUCGGGUUGGACGGUUUCCGGCCGAAGGCCAUUAAAUGGGACACCCGGAAGGCGGAAGUCCUCGGACGGAAGUGGCCGAGAGGAGAGGAGAAUGGCGGCGGAGGGCUGGAUUUGGCGCUGGGGCUGGGGCCGGCGGUGCCCGGGGAGGCCUGGGCUUCCCGGCCCCGGCCCUGGCCCCACUACACUUCUGUUUGUCCUGUUGCUGGGAGCGGUGGCCGCGGAUAUCACAGACGGCAACAGUGAGCACCUCAAGCGGGAGCACUCGCUCAUCAAGCCCUACCAAGGUGUAGGGUCCAGCUCCAUGCCCCUCUGGGACUUCCAGGGCAGCACUAUGCUGACGAGCCAGUACGUGCGUCUGACCCCUGAUGAGCGCAGUAAAGAGGGCUCCAUUUGGAACCACCAGCCGUGCUUCCUCAAGGACUGGGAGAUGCACGUCCACUUCAAAGUCCACGGCACGGGCAAGAAGAAUCUUCAUGGAGACGGCAUCGCCUUGUGGUACACCCGGGACCGCCUUGUGCCAGGGCCUGUGUUUGGAAGCAAAGAUAACUUCCAUGGCUUGGCCAUCUUCCUGGACACAUAUCCCAACGAUGAGACUACUGAGCGCGUGUUCCCGUACAUCUCGGUGAUGGUGAACAAUGGCUCCCUGUCCUACGACCAUAGCAAGGAUGGGCGCUGGACUGAGCUGGCGGGCUGCACGGCUGAUUUCCGCAACCGGGAUCACGAUACCUUCCUGGCUGUGCGCUACUCUCGGGGCCGGCUGACGGUGAUGACGGACCUGGAGGACAAGAACGAGUGGAAGAACUGCAUCGACAUCACGGGAGUGCGGCUGCCCACCGGCUACUACUUCGGAGCCUCAGCUGGCACCGGUGAUCUGUCUGAUAACCAUGACAUCAUCUCCAUGAAGCUGUUCCAGCUGAUGGUAGAGCACACGCCCGAUGAGGAGAACAUCGACUGGACCAAGAUCGAGCCCAGCGUCAACUUCCUCAAGUCGCCCAAAGACAACGUGGACGACCCCACGGGGAACUUCCGCAGCGGGCCCCUGACAGGGUGGCGGGUGUUCCUGCUGCUGCUGUGCGCGUUGCUGGGCAUCAUCGUCUGCGCCGUGGUGGGGGCCGUGGUGUUCCAGAAGCGGCAGGAGCGCAACAAGCGUUUCUACUGAGCGCUGGGCGGGGCCGACGGGCCCAGGCACUAAUGUGAACUUGGUUUUUGGUUUUGUUUUUGUUUUUUUUUUGUUUUUUUUUGUUUUUUUUUUUUUACUGGGAUUGUAAAAGCAAAACAAGACGACCUUAUUUCUUAACUGUUUUGAAGAAAUGAUUAAAGUAUUUUCGUAUAUUUGCUUCUUGCCCAGCAGGCCCAGGCAGCAGGGCCAGGGUGCCGGGUUCGGCAUCCCCCACUGCAGGAGGGGGCGGCCCUUGCAUGGUGGCCUGGGAGCUGGGGCCUCGCCUGAGCCAGCCAGAGGCCUUGCCGGCCGCCGGCCAACACUGGCAGGCUGCUGAGGAUACAGCACGGUGACUUUGUUCCGAGGUGUGGUGUGUGUGGUGGCAGACAAGGCCUGGGGGGGUGGAACCUGGGCCUUCCCUCCUGGCCCCCCAGCUCCUUCCCAAGACAGGCCUCAAGCAGGGCUGGAGGAGCAGCUGGGAGGGGCACAGGGUGCAACUGUUUGCUGAAUAAAGUGGAAUAACCAACCUCA